AGACGCAAAGAUUGUAUGUUGUGUAUGAUUAUCGACAAAGCUGGAUGGUAGAAAAAUUCGAAGAUAAGUCGGGUGGAACAAUCGUUUGUCGAAGAUUGUUUAACGUGGCAAAGGAUUUGGCCUUACUUGCAGUUUACACAGCGCUUUCACCGUCCAUGACAUCUUUUAGGGUCAACAAUAUUUAAGCACUUCGAGUCCGCGGCGGUGCUGCAGCGUCAGCGUCAGCAUCAGAAACUCAAAGAGCUUUUAACCAUGGAUACAUAUUUAUUAUUCCAUGACUUGACAUUUGUUUAACAAUCUAUAAGAGUCACUCGUAAAUCAUCCCGCGUUUUACCUUGAGCUGUACGACACAGAGCGCAACAUGGGAUGUAAUAUAUAUAUAGUAAUGAUCGUUAUAACUUUUGAGGUGUUUGCAUCGAUGAUCUCCGCGAGAACUUGACAGGAUACCUGUGCUUUGAACGUCGUUUAUGAGCAUGAUUUGAAGCGGCUUGGAGCAACUUUGACCGUAGGUCCGUUUGGGGGAGUCCAUGGAAGGGAUUUUCUCUGCGUACAAUGCCUGGAUGGCACACUGCUCUUCUAUGAACAAGAGACAUUCACGUUCAGUUAUAAUUUAACAAACUAUUUGCUGCCAAAUCCUUUGAUGUAUGUUGCCAAAAACGACGCCUUUGUAACUCUCAAUUCUGGCUGGGUUUUAGAAUGCUAUAGAUACCAGCACAUCGCAGAAUUUGACAAAAACAAAGCAGAUCAGCAAUCGGGGGUUGCGGGAAAAAAUCUCCAACCCGAUUGGAAGUACAAUCUUGGCGAGGCGGUUCUGGAUAUAAAAAUCUCAACACUGAGUAGUAUGGAAAUGGCGAUAGUAGUAUUGGGAGAACGAAAUUUGCACUGUUUGACUGACAAUUUUACUCUGAAGUACACAAAACGGUUGGAUUACACUGUCCUUUGUUUCCAUACCUAUGUAAUAGAACCCGAUGGUGUGUUAAUGGCGAUGACAGUUACCGAGACGAAUACUUUAAUGGUUUACGAAGGAACGACGUUGAGAUGGUCAGCGCAAUUGUCAUUCUCGCCAGUAGCCAUCAGCAGGGGAAAUUUUCAGUAUCUGGAGGGCGUGAUUGUCAUACUUUCGGAGGGAGGUUCGUUGGAGGGUUGCUUCCUUGGAACUGAACCCUCAUUGUUCGUAGCCCCGCCAGUUUCAACAAAGGAUUUUAAUUACGAAACGGCUGAAGCGGAAAUCACAAAUUACAGGAAGAUGUUGCAAAAGUCGGUAGCUUCAGACAAUUCUCUGAUCAAUGCGACCGCGGACUCCGAAAUAAGUUUGUCGGUUUGGAUGUCUCCUCACCUGGAACCGUGCCCGUUCAACGAAGAAUUGGCGGUGGAGAUAGAAAAACAUGCCAUGUGUAGAAUCUCAUUGGAAAUAAUGCCCUACACACCGUUACGUCGGGUACAAAUCACCUUUGAAGUACACCAUCCACUAGUCGUGAGGGAAGAUUACUACGAAAUCGUAAACCUGUGCGAUCGUCGCGUAGUCCAGUCGGUGAUUCACAUGUCCGAGAAAGCUACACCAGCAUCACUGGAAACAACGAUCACCGUAACUUACGAGAACAGUUUCGGCGCAUUAAGAGUUCUACAAAGGAUGGCUCAGGUGCCGAUAAGACUGGUAGCCAGUUUAUGUUCACCUGAGACGAGUUCCUCUUUCUCAAUGAUAUUGAAAACCAACGAGCCAGUCGUAAACUUGAGCCAAUUGUUUCCAGGUAGUAGAGCUAUUCCAUUAUCUUCUUAUUACACCGCCGACGACGUCAGACGUUGCUUUUCUCACUAUUGCUGUGUAGUAUCGAGUAAAAAGUAUAGAUGUGCUCUGGCAUCGCUGCCAGCUCAAAAAACAUGGAAAACCAGCAUCUUUAAAUUGCAGAGAUAUAAUUCAACCGAACGACUUCUACACACGAAUGAUUCUUUUCUUUCCCUACGUUUGUUUGUUUUUUUUUUUUUUUUUCUUUUUUUUGUUCUCUCUCCAGAAUUCAUCGGCGAGGUUUCUUCCCUAUCUCGUGGCAACGGCGCGAUAGGUUUUCAAUAUUUUUACACCGGUACAAUAGUGACCAUAGCACCGGGAACGUCGUCUAAUAGAUACCGUCUUCAAUCGGAUGAUAGUCUGGCUCUGGGUCUUAUUGCGAGACAGUUAAUAGCACGAGUGAAUAGUUAUUAUUCCACGAAACAAUGUACCUGUACAACUCCAAUGCAGCUGCAAAUCUUGAAUGCUCAUAUAGACGUUCACUUUGCGUCCCGCCAGGAAGUGAGAAGAAUCAAGGAGGCACUCGAUCUGUUGGCAACCCAGCUGAGGAAUAUCGAAAGAAAAAUGGUUUACAACUUUAAAGAAAGAUCUACCAGAUCGUUAAAAUCGUUAACGUUUUUAUUGGACGAUACGUUCGAUAUGAUGUUUACGCUUCUCGACGAUCUUAAGGCAGCCCAGCUGGAACGAUUGAGGAGCGCGGAAAAUCUGCAACGAGCUAUAUCCUUCGUACUUUUAUUACUGGAAACAAAUAUGAGCGAGGAUAAAUACGCGCUCGUUGAGUCAGCGAUUGGAUUCAAACCGCAGCUGCACAGCGAUAUCGAUUGGGAAGAAAUCGCGGACGCGGCAGUUUCUACGGCUCUGCGUACCAGGUUCAAAAAAUUGGAAAACGAACCGCACAAAAAACUCGGGGAAUUGGAGCCGUUGAAAGAUGUUGGCAAACUGAAAAAGCGCAUCGCUCAUCUGGUCGAACGCCUGAUUAAAGAUUCGGAUGACUCUGCGGGCGCGAGUUCCAGUGGAGGGAGACUGGAAGACGUUCAGGAGCUACCUUGAAGAAGUGAAGAAAAUAAAAAUAAAAAAAAUAAAAAAUAAUCACCUAGUUCGGAACUGAAAAGGACACGUCUUCUGGGGAUCACAACAUGAAUUUAAGAGCAUUCCAAGAGCCGAGACCCAGAAUUUAAAGUAAAGCAACGAAGCUUCUUCUACUCCCUACAAAGAGUGUUAUUGUAGAUAUAGAAUUUCGAAUUUUCUGAGAGGAGGAAGACAAUCGGUAGGUAUGAGAAGAGAGCGGCGCGGUCGUGAGCGCGGGAGGACUUCGGAUCGUUGAAGUCGUCGUCGUCGUCGUCGUCGUCGUCGUCGUCGGUAGAUCUCAGUGAGUCACGGGGCAUCCUGACCUGCCUUGAAAAAUAUUUUUUUCUCGCCGACUCGAGGAUAUAUUAAGAAACAGGUAGACACGGAGGUAUACCCGUUUCUUCUCCGAGUUCCGAGAGCCACGCGGGCGGCAUUUGACGCGUAUCCCAGGCUCGACUUUCGUUAUCCGGAACCACCCACGAUAAGCUAAUCGAAAGUUGAAGAAAUUGACCACCCUGCGUCGAACGGAUAGGAACCCGAGGCCGCGGGUGAAUUCCCCACCGAGUUUCCGACCCACGACGCUCGACCGAGUCGCACUCCACGAGGCUAUCCUCGAUACGUUCGGAGCUUUCGAUGCAACCAAGAGUUAUCGUAACGAAAAAUUCAUUAUUCCAUCCUCCAUCCGUCACGCAACCCCUUCCGGUUUACCAGAGAAGGGAAAGUCGCACGAGCGUGUACAAGUUGGUCGAAAGAAAUUCAAAGACCGCGUCGAAGGAGAACUAUUUUGCGGUAGUUCUUCGCCUACCGAUGGGCGUGAGGAGAAAAGGGGGAGUCCGGGGGGGGGGGGGGGGGGGGGGGGUUCCGAGGGGGCGUCUGGAACGGCCGAAAAACAAGGAGGUUUUUAGAAGUGGGUUCGAAGGUCCGGGCGCCGUAUACUCGUGACCAAUACUUAAAAGUAAUCAAACGAACAAAGAGAACGAAGAGACGAUUAUUUCUCGGGGCUAGAGGCGCGCAUCCUUCAGCCCCGUGGCAACGACGAUUCGAUGCCCGACACCCAUGCCGACUCUAAUAAUAAUCCACUCUUGUAUUACAUAAAUUUUCUACGUGUACACACAUGUCAUUACGUGAAAUGAAGACGUGAAACUGAAUCGAAUCACCUCUGCAGUGAAUGAUUCGGAUUUAUGAGGGGCGACGUUGUAACGCGGCGAAAUCCAAAUUUAAACGAAAAACAACGAAACGAAAAUAAUUUACGUACGUA